AAUUUCAUCUGGCGCCCCGCUUCAAUCAACCUUCAUUGUCAAGGCUUUAGGAGGCCGCUAGGAAAGGAGAGAGAGAUACUGAUCUCUCGGCCCCGGGGCAGCACUAAUGGUGCUUGUCUAGACUCUGACAGGUGGAGCUGCUGGGCAGACUAAGGACCUGCUGGGGAAGUUUUCCUUGGCUUUCACGUGGCUUUGGCUGGGGAGCCCUGAGAAGGUGGCUGUCUCCUUUUUAUUAAAUCUGGCUUCCCAUAAGGCAGUAGCUGGGAGAGAGUGAUGGAGAGAAAGGCUAAGCGAAGGGUGAAGGAAAGUGGAGGAAGUCUGACUUGUCCCACUGGACUUCACCGCGGAGCUGCUGCAAUCUCACGGGCUCGGCCCUUGCCCCGGGUGGACGGAAGUGCCUGCGGGGAGGCGGGUGUGGCUCCCCCGGGAGGUGACAGCCGGCGGGGCCCGGGUGGUGCGGGUCUGCUCCGGCUCCCCUCUCUAACCCGCGGCGUGGGACCAGCGCGUGCGUGCGUCCCGGAGCAGUUCGAUGCGCUGGGCGGGGCCGGGGUGGUCAUCCCCGCCCAGGUUCCAGGGGUGACUGUGCCUCUGACGUCAGACGGCUUCUGGGUCAUUCCCUGGCACGGGGACUUUAUUUUCAUAACAGCAUGAAGUGCCGUGGAACUGGAUUAGGCGUGUCCUCUCCCCGACCCUCCCCCGCCCCUUGUCCCUCUGCUCACCCCUCGCUCGCUCCCUCCCUCCGGCGAGGGCCGCCUUUAUAACUGCUCUGCCCACGAGGGCGGGAUAGCUGCCCGAGGGAUCCCCCAGCAUUGAGGGGCUCACCUGCUGCCUUCUUGCGCGCGGGAAGCCGCACAAAGUACACGGCCAAAGCCUAGGCAGGCACUAGGGUCCAGAAUGUCUGCAAUAGCCCCCGAUGGUUGCCGCAACAACCUGAACCCCAGGUACUACAGACUCUGUGAUAAGGCUGGAGCCUGGGGCAUCGUCCUGGAGACAGUGGCUGCAGCCGGGGUUGUGACCUCGGUGGCCUUCAUGCUUGCUCUCCUGAUCCUCAUUGGCAAGGUGCAGGACUCCAACAAGCGAAAGAUGCUCCCUACUCAGUUUCUCUUCCUCCUGGGUGUGUUGGGCGUCUUUGGCCUCACCUUCGCCUUCAUCAUCAGACUGGACGGGAGCACGGGGCCCACACGCUUCUUCCUCUUUGGGAUCCUCUUUUCCAUCUGCUUCUCCUGCCUCCUAGCCCAUGCUCUCAAUCUGACCAAGCUCGUCCGUGGGAGGAAGCCCCUGUCCCUGCUGGUGAUCCUGGGUCUGGCCGUGGGCUUCAGCCUGGUCCAGGAUGUGAUCGCUAUUGAAUACGUGGUCCUGACCAUGAAUCGGACCAACGUCAAUGUCUUUUCUGAGCUUUCCGCUCCUUAUCGCAAUGAAGACUUUGUCCUCCUGCUCAUUUACGUCCUCUUCUUGAUGGCGCUGACCUUCCUCACGUCCUCCUUCACCUUCUGUGGUUCCUUCGCCGGCUGGAAGAGACACGGGGCCCACAUCUACCUCACCACGCUCCUCUCCGCGGGCAUCUGGGUGGCCUGGAUCACUCUGCUCCUGCUUCCUGCCUUUGACCGCCAGUGGGAUGACACCAUCCUCAGCUCUGCCUUGGCUGCCAACGGCUGGGUGUUCCUGUUGGCUUAUGUCAGUCCCGAGUUCUGGCUGCUCACAAAGCAACAAAACCCCAUGGAUUACCCUGUUGAUGAUGCUUUCUGUAAACCCCAACUCAUGAAGAAGAGCUAUGGUGUGGAGAACAGAGCCUACUCUCAAGAGGAAAUCACUCAAGGUUUUGAAGAGACAGGGGACACACUCUAUGCCCCCUAUGCCACACAUUUUCAGCUGCAGAGUCGGCCUCCCCAAAAGGAAUUCUCCAUCCCCCGGGCCCACACUCGGUCGAGCCCUUACAAUGACUAUGAAGGAAGGAAAGAGGGCAGCUAACUCUGUCCUGAAGAGUAGGACGAACGCAGUCGGGUGGCAGACCCAGCGGGAGCUCAAAGUGAUGUGGGCGAAAUCUUGAGUCUUCUGAGAAAACCGUACAAAACGCUACAGGAACAGCUGACCUCCCUCCCAGCCUCAGCCAGGAUUUUUCCGUGCUGCGGCUGAUGUGGGCUAAGAAGGCUCCAGUUCCUAGCGGCACUCGUUUUUUUGUUUUUUCGGUCUCAUCCUUAGGAUACUUCUUUAAGUGGGAGUCUCAGGCAACCCUUACUCUUUUUGUUUGGUUUUUGAAACAAGCUCUGGCUCUGUCACGCAGGCUGGAGUGCCGUGGUGCCGUCACAGCCCACUGCAGCCUCGGCCUCCUGUGCUCAAGCAGUCCUCCCAUCUCUGCCUCCCAAAGUGCUGGGACUGCAGGCGUGAGCCACAGCUCCCAGCCUAGACCCUUACUCUUGCUGUUACUUUCCAUGGACUAAAGGUCUGGUCAUCUGAGUGCACACGGGCUCAUGCGCCUCUAACUUACAGUGGGUUUUGUGAGGAUUGCUUGGCCCAGAGGAGACCUGCACAUCUGAGCAAGAACAGCAAAGUCCUGUCUCUCAGCCCACUGGCCUGAGUCUACACUGAAAGCCAACUUGCUGGCACCCCCUACUCCCCAACCCUUUUUGCCUGGGUAGGAGAGGCUAAAGAUCACCUAAGUUUACUCACCUCUCUGAUGCUGCUUCAUGUCGGGCCUCAGCAGCUCCCCAGCACCAAUUCACAGGUCAACACUCUCUAUUUGCACCGUCCCCAAACUCACUGUCAAUUCCCAGACCUAAUCUCCCUGUACGCUCUGCCAGGAGUUCUUUCAGACCGCACCAGCACGGGCCCAGCUGCUCCUUGUCAGGAGAAUUUGCAGAUGAGUCUCACUCUAAACUCUUGGCACGGAUUCUUCUCCCAGCUCCUUCACCCCAGCCUCUGUAAACAGAUUUACUGUAUUCACGGCUGCAUUCUGGAACUGGGCAUGGUCUCCUAAUGGAGGAGUGUUCAUUGUGUAAUAAGUUAUUCACCUGGAUAUGCAAUAAAGAUGUGCUGGCCACUCCUUCUUGGGGGCGGCAGCAGUGACCGGCA